CUAUAUGGAUUGUGCACAGAUUUUAAAAGAUUUUUAAAUAGCAUGUAAUGUAAUUUAAAAGAAGACAUUUAUUCAUGGAAUGUGGGCUGUGUUCUAUUCCAUGGAGCCUUAGGCUUAUAUGUACACUGUCGUUCAAAAGUGAAGUAAGAUUGUUCAAAGUUUCAAAAAGAAGUUUCUUACUUCCACCAAGGGAUGCAUAUACUGUAAAUGUGUAUAGAUGUUUUUAAAAGUUAUAGAAGGGUUAAAUAGCACAUACCUGAAAGUUUUUUUAGAACAUGCUAUGCAAUUCAGUGAUUUACAACAUUCACAACUAAUCCUGAAGAACUUAGAUGUGCUGCCCAUUCGGCUGUACUUGACAAGGGGUUAACCACACACAACUUCUGGAGAGCUGUCUGUCCUCACACAACUGAUGCCCAACAGGUGCAUCUUAUCCCUCUUAUGCAACACUGUCCCCCAUCAUCCCGAACUGCUACAUUACUAAAGAGUGUAACCUUUCUGCUUUGGGACAUGAAAACAUACAGACUAAAAACCUAAAAACACCGAAAGAGCAUCCAGUUCAAAUACAAAUGAUUACAUUCAAUCAUGCUACAUGAAUAAAUGUUGAUCAGUUACCAAUACUAUUACUGAACAGAACACCUAAUCCUAUGAUGCCCGGCUGAAAAGCACAGCUGUCUGGGGACGGUUAAGAUGUGUUGACAGAAUAGCCAAUUCUCAGAACUGAGCCCCUAAUCAAACCUUUCGCUGUAGCGACCUUAUAAUAGUAUGCAGUGACAGAUCCCAGCAGUAUAUCUCUGAUCCAGCCAGAUCCCGUUCACUUUCAACGUGGCAUUUUGUGGCGUUUGACAGCUAGUGAAACCUUGUUGACAUGCUGCAAAAGACUGCCACAAGACUACUGGAUGAGCUGUGUCACCUAACGGCUCAGUCUCUAGAACCACUGGAGCCUUUAGAUCACUUCCAACUUAUUAAACUUCUUGGGGAGGGUUCAUACGGAAAAGUCAAGUUAGCAGUGCACAAGAAAAGAGGAACCCCAAUGGCCCUUAAAUUCUUCCUACGAGACGACACAUCUCUUCUGUCAUUUCUCAGGGAAUAUAACCUGUCUUUGGCCUUCUGCACCCACCCCUCACUUACCUCUGCUUUAGGCAUCGCAUUCUCCACUCCUACUCACUAUGUGUUCGCCCAGCAACCUUGCCUCUAUGGCGACCUCUAUGAUGUCAUCGUUCCUGAGGUUGGUCUGGAAGAGAGCCGUGCCCAGGGAGUGGCUUCCCAGAUCAGCGGCGCCCUCUCUCACCUCCACUCUCUUGGCUUUGUCCAUCGUGAUGUCAAACCAGAGAACAUCUUCCUAUGUGACCGUGAGUGUCAUUGGGUCAAGCUUGGUGAUUUUGGCAUGGUGAAGGCAGCAGGCACCAGGGUACCUUGUGUGUGGUACUGCUCCCCUUACUGCACGCCUGAGGCUGAAAUUGCAAGAAAAAAUGAGGAGAGCCAUUUGAGCCACUUAGGGGGGGAAAGCAAUGGGAACAAGCAAAAAAGGGACUCUGGAAAGACUCAAAGGACGUUGGUGUCUGUGGAUCCCAGUACAGACAGCUGGGCAUUAGGCAUUCUAAUCUACGCCAUGCUCAUGGGGAGCCUACCAUGGUCUGAGACCAUUUCAGACAACCCAGCAUAUAAAAGCUAUCUACAAUGGACCAAUUGGGAAGAUUCAGCAUCACAAAAGAAAAUUUCAGAUCAGCCUGUAAACUUUAACCAGGUGGCACCGCAGUUUGCUGCGUUCACCCCUAUUGUGGGUCAGCUUUUUAAGUCCUUGCUCCACCCACAGUCCAGGCUUCGUGGCAGGCCAGAUGAGGUGGAUAGGUAUUUGGGAGAAGCCUGGCUAUUGGACAAGGAUGUCAGUGGGUGAUGCAUCCCAAGGACAGGACCGAGAUCACUAGGAUGUCGUCAUCUGGUCAUUCACUCCAUGGUGGGAACAAUGGUUAUCACUUUUGGAAGUAGUUAGGGUGUUAACAGGCAAUUUUAAUCAAAAGCCCGCUGUUUAAUAUGCUACAUAGAAGCAUUAUUAGUUGAGAGUUUGUUUUCCCAAAUGACCACUAUAUAUCUUAGCUGUAAACACUAAGAGCGAGAAUUACCAAACAGGGUAAAUUAGUGUGAGAGCGCAAUCCUAUAAAAGCGCCGAUAUGAGUGGAAAGUUCUGUGGUUAAUCUACUGACUAUGUGCACAUUAAAGACACAGACCCAGCCAGAUUUGUUCCAUAAUGACCCAUGCAAAUUAGCACAAAUUAGUGUCGUUUUUGGGAUAUUAAAUUAUUCCACAAAUACCAGCAAAUUGGCUAGCGCCAACCAUAUUAAAUAGCGUUGCGUAAUUCAUUUUGUGCCUAACUCGGAAACUCCUACAAAUGCAAAAAGGUAAGUCACAAAAAUAACUGUGUCCACACCUUUUCAGUGUUUAUUUUACACUGCCUGCCUUUAGUAUAUCCUGACAGUAGCUUUUAACACCAAAAGCGGGUUUGCACUGGUCCAAGCUGUAGAGCUUUGAGAAUACACCCUUAAGAGUCGUUAGGGGUUAUAUAACUGAACAUGGGUCCUACAAAUAUCCAUGCUAUAACAUGGAAUCUUUACCAAAAAUGUUAGAGUGACUGCAAAAGAUCUGCAGCCAUCUUAAUAACAUCUGUGUUUUUAAGUCUAUAUAAAUAUUGCUGCCCUCUCCACCUUCUGAAGCCCAACUGGACUUCUCGGGAAAAGAAAAUAGUGAAAAAAGCUGUUGUGAGUGGACGUUAACGUUUCUGAUAAAAGAUUACGAGGGUACAUUUAUAAUAAAUGUUACAAUAUUUUAUCCUGGACCUCCCACAUGCUUAAUGAAGCAGGAUCCCAUAGGGGUUCAUGGUGAAACUGCAGAGAACUAUUGGUAGAAAUUAUAGAAAUGUUAAUGUAAAAUAAAUAAAAAUUAAAAGUUUGCUCUAUCAUACAAAAACUUAUUAUGAAAUCUAUUUUCAGCAACAUUUUGAACUCUCUCUCUCUCUCUCUAUUCUAUAUUUGCUUAAUGUCAUAAAGAUUGGAAUGUUCACUCCAGUCUUAAAAUCAUAUUUAUGCUUUUAACAACCUACAGUAUGCUCAUGAAAUGCCAUCUUCACGUGGAGAACUUGAGCGCAAGAGUUAGAAGCAGCAAACCUCUCAAGUUUCAGCAGAAGACACAUACAAACACUCAGACACUAUGUGUCCCAGAUUUAAAAAUAACCCCCACACCAUUAAUAAAACACUUUCAGCCAUCAUCACCUCUGUCAGAUGCACAUUUGAACUCACAUACACAUGCAUGGGCAAACACACACAGUCUUCCUGAUCUUUAAGUGUCUCACACGUCUGCAUUCAAACCUACCCCCUUCAUUCAUCAACACUACAUGCAUACACACACACACACACACGAAGUGUAAAGUUACAUGUAACAUAUGGGUCUUUGGCUUUUGUUCAGACUCCUUCAACUGAUCCACGAAAACAUAACAUUGUAAAUUAUGGAGUAAAUAUGACAACCGUAUUUGCAAAAUACAUAGAAUGAAAAUAAUUUCGCAUGAAUACAAGAUAAAAAUAAAUUACAACUAGACUAUCAAAUAAGAAAAAAAAUACACUGUAAAUAAAUGAAGAUCACCUGACCUUCCAAAACAAAAAAAUUGAAGACAUUUAAAACUCCAAACAUUUGCACCAGAAACUGAAUGAAUACAAUCUAAGCUGCUAAAUUAAGACGUCAAAAGACACCAUAGUGCCAGAUUUUACCCUUUCAGUGUGAAGUUAUUUAGGCACCUUGUUAAGAGAUUAACAGCGGAAAUAGCUCAUGACAUGAAGGGAGAAGAUCCACGAAGAUCAUCUGACAGCCCUACUAUUCCAGCUGCUAACGGUAUGAACUUUCCUUUGAUAUACUAUAUUAAAACCUAUUUAUGCACAAUUAUGCCACCGUUAAAGUAUGCUGUCAUCUAGCAUAUGUUAAUCUGUAAGUAAAUGUGCGAGUGAGAAAUAUCUGUCAAGAAAGAUGAUUAAUUUAAAGCACUGGAAUGCCAGGAAUACAAACUUUUAUUUGUUAAUUGAAAAUGUUCGGACAAUACGCCUCCUGAAGCUGCUGCAUGUCUCAUGUUGUGGAAAGUGCUAUGAGACUCCAUGAGACAAAUUUAACUUUAGAGGAAAUAUUUAAGGUUAGGCUAAUUCCAUGUAAAAAAUUUCAUUAAAUUGGAAUGGAAUGGUUUUCGUUACAUUUUAACAAACUACUAAAUUUAAGAUGCAUAUUUUCAUAAAUGAACCAAGA